AUUCAACUAAUCCAACAAACGAACAGAGAGUCGACCAGGCAACAAAAUAAACCAAGCCAAGCCAACAUUACCACCAACCGUCAUCAUCAUCAUCAUCAACGCUUUUAACUAACAGUCUUUAUAUUGGAUUUUUUCGUUAAUAACUAGAAACAACACUAACACACGACUGACUCGCCAAUGUUAAAAGCCACAACAACAACUUGUUGUUAACCAACUUUGCUACAAAAACAAGAGUUCUUCCUCUUCUUUAGAAAAUCCAACAAAAGAAACUUCAAAUAAAAAAAGAAGAAAAAAGCGAAAUUUUGUGCUAAAAAUAUCAUUUUUAUAUACCUACCUUCUUAUACAUAUUUAUAUUUAUUUAUAUACAUAAAUAUAAUAUAGCAUAUAAACCACAACAAAAACAACAACAAAAUGGAUUACAUAGUAAAAGCAUACAAAGAUUGGAAACUGCAUUCACAGUUCCAUGAAAUUGUUCCCGAUAUGGAUGAUGAAUUUAUGUUCAAUGAAAAACAAUCAAUACGCGAAUCUGCACGUUCUCUAAAGAAAUACGGCAGCACUUGCUGUAAUCAUCAGAUACGCAACAAUGAGACCCUGGUGCGACAUGAUGUCGAGAAAACCGACACAUUACAGGGCAUUGCUCUAAAAUAUGGUUGCACUACUGAACAAAUACGCCGAGCUAAUCGUUUAUUUGCCUCAGACAGUUUGUUUUUACGUCAAUUUCUAUUAGUACCCGUUGAGAAAUCUUCCCCCUAUUAUCCGAAUGCUUCAACAAAUGAAAAUGAGAAUAAUUUACACAAUAUCAUGGAGAAUGUCGUUGUGAGCGGCGGCGAUCCUUUAAAUUGUACUUCAUCCUCAACCUUAUCCUCAGCCUCUGCCUCGUCGUCGUCCAUGUGUAGCGACAGUAAUCCACGUCCUGCCGCCUUACCCACCCGACCCUAUUCCAUAGCUGGCGAACUGUUAGUGCAGAGCAAUGACGAUGAAUCCACUUUGAGUAAUUGCAAUAAUGGCAAUAACAAACAAAGUAAAUCAUUGGAUUCGGUGGCUGCAGUAAUGACGCCCGAGGAAGAAAGCAGACGCAGUAUAAAUGAGUUUUUAAGCAAAAUUGAUAAUACAAUUUCAGAGUCACGCAAAUACGUGGAAAAGUCAAAAGAAACGAUCUCUAAUCAGACUGAUGAUGAUUUAUUUGUUGCCACCGAUGUUGUGCCCCGUCGACGUAAUAACAAUUUAAAUAAUUCCUAUAAAAAACAACAAAAUCAACAGCCUCAUCACAUACGCCACAGUUCGACUGGUAGUAAUUCCGAUACCGCCCAAUUGUUAAAUACAACACAAUUAAGAAAAGUUCAAAACUCUUUAAAAAAGUUAGAGAAACAACAAGAUGAUUUCUUUGAAUUGUAGCAUACUAGUACUAUUAAUAAGUUUACAAUCAACAAAAUUAACAAUAACAACAAUACUGAAAUUUUAAUAUUGUAAAUUAAAUACAAUUUUAAGCAGUUUAUUAUUACUAUUAUUAUUAUUUUACUUAAUUAAUUAUACUUAUACAAUUGUAUUGUUGUUUUUAUUUUUCAAAUAACAUAAUCAUAAUAUUAACUAAGUAGCUACAACAAACAACAAAUAUUUAGCACCAUUUCACCUACAGAUUAUGUACUCUAGGAACACAAACAAAACACCAAACAAACACUCACUACUUAAAUUGUAAUCGUUGGCGAUUUUUUUGAUUGUAAAUAAUCCAAUGAUUUAUUUUCAAUAUUUCUGCUAUAAUUUCUUUAUUUAUGACUUGAAAAAUGUUGACUGUGUUCUUUAUUGUUAUUAUUUGGAAUUUUUGUUUUGAUUUGAUAUCGCAAAAAAGAUUAUAAAUUUGAAAAAAAAUAAAAUAAAUAUUUGAUGGCAGUAUUUGUGGUUACAAAAUAAAAUAUGUAUAAAAGAGAAAAUGAAUUCUUAAAAAAAUGAAAAUCAAUUAAAUAAUAAAAGGUCUUCUUAUAUUAUUUAGCAAUAUGUGAUGUAAAGAACAGAAGAAAAAUUAUUGUAUAAACAUGUUAUAAACUUGACUUGCAGCUUUUUAUCUUUAAUUUUUUUCUUUUUAACAUUAUCCUAGUUUAAUUUAAUUUAAAUGUAUACCUAUAUAUAUAUUAUAUUAUAUUUUAGUUUUUUACUCUGUACUACUUUAGUUUAAACUUGUAAAAAUUUAAAUUCAACUUUCAUUCAAAUCCCUUUACAUUUCCUUUGUCAAAACUACAUGAGUACCUUUCAUAAUCAUUUUCACUUACUCUUUCCAUUUAUUAUCUUUUUUUUUAUUAAAUAAAGUAUUAAUUUUUAUUAUACACAUUACCCAACAGGCUUUUCUUUAAUUUUAUUAACAGUUUAGAUUUUGUUUAGAAUUUUAAUUUGACUGACAAAGUUUUGAAUUAUCUAUAAUAUAUGUAGUUAGUUUUAUAAACGUAAAUUCUUUACAAUCCAAUCUAAACGCACCAAAAUUUAUCUUUUAGGGAAAUUAUCUGUAUGUGUUAUUAUUGGUAUUUUGAUUUAAAAUUUGUUACUAUAAUUACUAAAAUAUUACUUAAUGGUCGUGAAGGAAAAAGAGUUUUUUUUUGAAAAAAAAAACAACUAAUGGGAUGGAUAUUUUAAUAAAAUUAUGUAUGUACUGGCAUUAUUUAUCUACAAUAAUGUAGUGUAUUCUUGAAAAUGCUCCACCUCCUACUUAUCUGUUGAAUGUUAAAUAUGUGAAUGUAUAUUUUAUAAUAUAUACUUAAAAUAUUUAAUAAAAUGCAUACAAAAUUAUACGUAAAUUAU